CCAGUUUGUGUCGUUAUUAGUCAAAAAAUUGAAAUGUUCUCAAGGUUUUCAGAAACAGCGAAGAACAGCCCGUUUGCUGCUCCCUUUAGUGUAGCAAAAUGUUCACCGGAGCCAACAACCCAAGAUCGAUCUAGCCGAAUCAUGGCGGCACCGAAUAUCGAAGGAGGUAAGUUGGAGAACCGGCAUUUUUCGAUUGUAGGGUGUAGUUUAUCUCUUGAUCGUUAAAAGAAAGUUAUUCUUUCGACUUAUAACCAUCUAUUUGUUUUAAGAGAUAUGGUUUGGGUAAGAUAAGAGUUAUCUGCUUGUUUGAAACGCAUCUCUUAGUGGCCAACAGUUAAUAUUCGAUGAUCGAACGACGGCUCCAUCCACGUGAGCAGAGUAGAUCCACACAAGAAUUACCUCGGCAGGCUAAUAUAUUUGUAACGUCAGUGCUUUAUUCUUGGUGUGCAAUACUGUGUAGUUUUUGGUUUUCUUUCUUGGAGUUUGAUCGUUGUAGUGUACGUUUAUUGGGUCAAAGUCUUCAAAGAGAAUUAUUUUUUGUGUGCAUGUGUGAUUGCAAGUAACCGGACUUCCCCCUACGUAAUUUCAGGGAAACUACGCAACAAAUAUGUUUUAGUUCACGUGUUUACGCCACUUUUUUAUAACGUGUAUGAUAUAGAGUUAAUCUAUCUGGACUUUGGCCUUGAAAUAGGAAAUGUAGAUAUCAAAAACGCUCCCCCUAUUUUGAACAGUCAUAAUUUAAGAUGAAUGUUUGCAAGUUGUUGAAAAAUGUUACACUUUUGAUCAUUUAAGAUUUUUUAAAUUUUAUUUUUGGUCCUUAAAUGUCAGGGCUCUAUAGUUGGCAAAAUUUCAAGUUACCAGGUACAUGCAUUUAGUAGGUGGGGAAUUGGGGUCCCCUUAGCCUGUGAAAACAGCUAUCUCUCCUCCCUUCCUUCGAGGGUUUUCAUUAAGGUUUUAUUAGGUGGCAAAAGCUUUGGAGUAGGUGGAGAUGGAAAAAACUUGCACCUUCACGAGCUUCUAGGGGGGUCAGGGGGCAUGCCCCCCUGGUAAAAUUUUGAAAUCUGGGCUUCUUGGAAUGUAUUUUAAGCAUUAUGCAGCAAAAAUUAGAGUUUUUGAACAGAACACAGACAUCAUUAAGUUUUGGCUUUUUUAUUCAGUGACAGCACAUAAAUACUCUAUUUUUUAAAUUUAUCUCUUAUUGCCAAUAGCUAUGAACCAUUGGUUGUUUCAGUAUCUGUUUUAAAUCAUGUUAUGUGUAAAAACUGGGGUAACUGCAAAGAAAAGUAGGCAGCAAGUUCAUUUGAAAUAGCCAGUGAAUUUCGCCCAGGCACCGGCUCUUAUUGAAUACCCUGCUUUCCGCUAGGGGCAUUUCGCAAGGAGAGAUCUGCACCUCAGCAACAGAAAUUACAUACUGGUAAUGUAAAAUCAAUGUUUACUUAAUCAGUAUGGAAUUUCUGUCGCUGAGACGCAAAGUCCCUAGUGGCAAGGAGCAAGGAGAAAUGACUGGUUUCGAAGGCUAGGGUCUCUUUACCCUUUUGCAAAAAAUCUUUUACGGAAAAUUAUCGAGAUUUUUCAUGUGUCACAAAUAAUUCCUAAAAUGUCUUCAUGUUCAUGUAAAAAUCAAGAAUUUCACUCUUCACGGAAAAUUGAAAAAUUAAUUUACUGGUUAAUGAUUCAUAUCAACUUAAUUGUUUACACUCCAUGGGUUACUUCUCAUUUCCCUUGAAAUCUCAUUGUUUUGAGUGGAAUGGUUAUGAAGCCCAUCAGACUCCUCAGUCACUGGUAGCAUUCUUAUUAUAUUUAUCAUACUGGCCAAUAAAAUGUUGCAUUAAUUUAUUGUCACAAUCUGUGAACAAAAAACAAAGAAUUGUGUGCCAUCAGGGAGAUCCCAACACAAACUGCAGCACUGUUGUUUUUUCCUUGGUGUGUGUCGCCUUUUAUAAUCAGCCUCCUCCACUUUUCUAAUCUUCUUUCAAAAUCUCUUUCAUGUGCACAUAAAAAUUGUUUAGGGAUGCGUUAUUAGAAUCAAUAAUGAAUAAAAACUAAAAACCCCAAUCGCACUUCACAAGAAAGGUGUAGGGUACUGAACAGUGAGGAAGUGCCUUUGUUCCUACAGAGGAAGCUCUUGUAAGUGGAAACCCUCGGUAAGCUUUGAAAGUUACUUGCCCAGCAAGAAAAUACACUUGUCUUGGACUACUGGACAAGACUUUUUUUUGAGCACUGAUGAAACCACUGUUUUACUGCAUUCUUUUUAGGAGAACAGUACAGUUGUGAGUUUGGAAGUUCAACGUAUUAUGCAUACUGUGGAUUUGGCGGAAUCCUCAGCUGUGGUCUCACACAUACAGCUGUUGUGCCUCUUGAUUUGGUCAAGUGCAGAAUUCAGGUAAGUGUGGUUUUCUGCUGGCUGAGGAAUUAAAGAAGUGGAAAAACAUUUUUCUAACACACGGCUGGGAGUAUGCGUUUAAGGGUGGUGGUGUCUUCAGUUCAGUUUGUUUUUGUUGCCAUCCACCAUUGCCUGGCCUGACCUGCCCUGCCCAACUGCCCUUCAUGUGUUUUUUGGGUUGUUUUAGGAUUUGAAGUAGUGCUGUACUGCUUUUUUUCUUGUAUCUAGUCUCAAGUUUCUUGUCAGCCAUUUAUUAGCUCUUUUUGUGCUGUAAUACUAGUAAAUUGUGGUGUUGAUACUAAAGGUCGGGCUGCAUGUUUGGCUUGGAAUGGUACCCAGUUGUGUGUGAGAAAUACGUGUACUGCUCUUGAUCCAUGUCAAUUAUAUUAUCAUUGUCUUUCAAAAAAAGACAAUGUAUAUGCAUAAGUCUGUAAGAUUGCAGCAAAUUCUAACAACAGAAGUUGCUUCAAAAGUUACCAAGUAAGAAGAGGUUCCUUCAGAAAAUUGAGAUGGUAGAAUACAUUAUUUCUGUUGUCAGAUUAUGCAGCUAAAUUACUCAUGGUAUUGGCCAUCUUAAAGAAAGUACUGGGCCGGGUUGUUCAAAGCUGGGUUAAGAUAACCCAGGGUUAGAGCAAAAUUUGAAUUCAGAUAUGAAUGCUUAAGAAGCAAAUUCGGUUUAAUUCUUUUUGUCUACAAGUCGAUGAUUGGGUGCUCUAAAAAGAAUAGAGAAAAUUACCCGAAAAAAUGCAGCCUUUUGAACUAAAGAAAAAGAAAUCCGGAUUAAAAUUUUACCCCGGGUUAACGCUAAUUGGCCUUCGAACAACUGGGCCCUGGUCAGUUACCCAUGGACAUGGUUAUCUUAGCCCGUUAAGUCCCAAGAGUGAUAAACAUCAAUUUUCCCCCAACAAUAGGAGAGUUUUUUUAUGCAACCUUGUAUCUGCUUAUCAGGGAUACUCUAGGGAGACCUAAUUACAAAUUCAACGGCAGGAAUUGUCGUUUAAAUUUUGGAUGGUUGAAAGAUUUUGUUUCACUUUACAGGUAGACCCAGGAAAAUACAAAAACAUUAUGAAUGGUUUUAAAGUCACCGUGAAGGAAGAUGGAGCUCGAGGUCUGGCCAAAGGCUGGGCACCCACUUUCAUUGGUUACUCGAUGCAGGGUCUCUGCAAAUUUGGUUUCUAUGAAGUUUUCAAGAUCCUUUACAGUAAUAUGAUAGGCGAGGUAAGUUCUCUGAAAAUUGCAAAAAUUUAAUUACAGCAAGGAAAACCAAUCUGUCCUUAUCACAAAAAUUAGUUCCUGCAAAACACAAAAAAUUGCCAAUCUACAAAAAAAUCCGCAAAACUUUUGUGACACAUGGUAAUUCCUGUUUGUUGUGUUAUUUUUUAGGAAAAUUCAUACCUCUUCCGAACAUCACUGUACUUAGCUGCUUCAGCCAGUGCUGAGUUCUUUGCAGACAUCGCGCUAUCACCUAUGGAAGCUGUCAAAGUUCGUAUUCAAACCCAACCUGGGUGGGCCAACAAUCUGCGUGAGGGAGUGCCUAAACUCUGGGCAGAAGAAGGAAUACGUGGGUAUGUUGUUACUAAAAUUAAUGCCACUAGCAAUUACGUGCACAGAAGCUGAGAGGUCACCAAAAAACUCCCUUUAGGAAAACAGCUAGAUUCUCUUUUCACAUUGCUUUGUGUUUGCUUUUAAAACAAGAGGAGGAUAUGGUGACAGUGUACUCAUUUCUUCAUUAUCAUCCUGUUCUAAUGACAGAUGCUCCUCUAAUAUGUGCACUAAUUGCACUUCACAAUGGCAAGCUAUUUUGCUACCAGUCUGGUUUGAUAAUUGAAUGGUUUUGUUUAAUAUGUUUUUCUAUUUAUUGUCUUUUUCUAGAUUUUACAAAGGCCUUCCUCCUUUGUGGAUGAGACAAAUCCCAUACACCAUGAUGAAGUUUGCCUGCUUUGAGCGAACAGUUGAAUUUCUGUACAAAAAUGUUGUACCUAAGCCAAGGUCAGUAACCCAUUGUUUAUGGUGACAUGUAUAAAACAUAGUUUCAAUAUAAUUAUGGUAACUGUAAAUAAGGCUUUAUUCACGCUAUACCCAAUAACUGUUCAGGUCAGCACAAAAAAGCUACCUGGUAUACCUGUAGUAUGAACACCUAUCUGACAUUUGACUCUCCACUUUAAGGGUACCCAGUAUGGUUUUUGCGCUUGCGCAAUAGCUACCCAGUGUCGUGUGAGCAUAGCCUAAGAAUAAUAAUGCAGAUAACCCUCGUUUGAGCUAUUAAAUCAGGAUUAGCUUAGUAGUAGCCUGAGAAACGAUUGGCGAUGCUACCACUGUUUUCCCCGCCAAAUGACGUCUGAGAAACAAGUGCAGAAAUUCCAUACUGAUGAUGCAUCACUACCCAGAUCUGGGUAGUGCUUCUGGUUGGUUGAAUCAAAUUUCCCAUUCGGCACGACCAAUCAGAAGCACUACCCAGAUGUGGGUAGUGAUGCGUCAUCAGUAUAGAAUUUCUGCGCUCGUUUCUCAGACGUCAUUAAAUGGUGGUAGAGUUGCCAAAUUUCGGCUGUUUUCUCAGGCUAGCUCAGUAGUAGGUGACUGGUUGAUUUCUGAGACCUGACAAAUACUUAGGGUCUUAAAGCAAAUUGAGGAAGAAGGCACUGCCUUUGCUCUACAAAUGGCUAGAACUUUGUGUGGCUCAGAUGACCACAGAGAUAACAGUCCCAUCUUCAUGAAGUAUGAGUCUUAGAGUACAGUACUGCUCAAAAGUGAAUCACCAGCCUCAUCUUCUUUCUCGCGAGACAAGUGUCUUGUCUUGAGAGAUGAUUGUCUCUCUGUUCACAAUGUUGAAGAGUGAAAUUGUGUACCCUUUUUAAGACUCUAGACCUUGAAAACCCUACAUGUACCUUGUUAGUGGUGCCCAUGGUACCCAUGUCUCCCCAUGUGGGCUAAUAAAGGAAAUGCCCACCACCCCCCCCCCCUUCUUCCAGGAUGUGUGUACAUAUGUCUAUCUGGUAGCAAACAAAUCAUAUGGCAACAAGAAUGAAACGUGAUUUUCAACAUGGGUGUUUUCUGAUUUUAGGAGUGAAUGCAGCAAGCCCGAGCAGUUGGUUGUUACAUUUGCUGCAGGUUACAUUGGUAAGCAAGUUACAUUCUGAAGUCUGUAAAUCAUUCCUUUUUAGAAAAAAUAAGCUUGGUUCCAUUCUCUAUUCCAUAGUUGCAGCACUUGGCAGCAUUAGACACUUAAAUGAACAAAUUUCUGAUACACCUCUACUCCCCUAACAGAUGCACCCAUUCUUGUUUUAACCCCUUGAGGACAAAUUCUCCAGGCUGUCCUCCAUCCUUCUAGAAUUAGUAAAGAGAAUUUGAUAAGUGAACAAAACAUUUCCCUGUAGGUUUAUAAAUUCCCAUAACUUUUUCUGUUGAUUAUACAAUGUACUAUAUAAUUUGAUAUUGUUAUGAGAAAUUUGAUUUUGAUCAAUUUUGAGCCUUAAAAGGGGUUAACCUCUUUUAAUCUCCUCACUGCUUACAGCUGUACCUCUUUGGGUGCUCCUUAGAAUUUUUCUUAGAAAUCCUUGCCCAUGCUUAUUACUUUUAAUUCCUUGUUCAUGUCACAGCUGGUGUAUUCUGUGCUGUUGUGUCUCAUCCUGCCGACACUGUGGUGUCCAAGCUGAAUAAUGAUGUCGGCAGCACUCCCAUCCAAGCUGCACGUGAGCUGGGAAUGAAAGGUGAGUAUUAGCUACUGGUAAAACUUGUUUCACAGAAACUCAUAGAAAUAACAAGGGAUUGCUAUACUUUAAAGCAAGUUUAGAAACUGGAAAUUGUUUAAUGUAUCAGUCAUCAGGGUUGAAUGUUGGAUAAACACGUUCUCUCAUGUUUAAGGUAUUCCUCCUAGUGUUUGAAAAUUGGAUGAAACACGUUCUCCCGUGUUUAAUGUAUCACUUGUCAGUGUUUGAAUAUUGGAGGAAACACUCCUUCUCAUUUUUAAUGUAUGUCUUGUCAGUGUUUGAAUAUUGGAUGCAACACUCUUUUUGGUGUUUGCAAUAAUAUCUGCUACUGCAUGUGUUGAAUCAUUUACAUGUUUUUGUAGGUUUAUGGAAGGGUCUAGGACCGCGUAUCAUCAUGAUCGGUACCCUCACAGCUCUGCAGUGGUUCAUCUACGACUCCGUCAAGGUCUUUUUCCGUCUCCCCCGUCCCCCACCCCCCGAGGAACCAGAGAGCCUCAAGAAGAAACGCCUUCUGAAACAACAACAAGCAGCCUAA